GCCCCCGCGGAGCGGGUCAAGCUGCUGCUGCAGGUCCAGCAUGCCAGCAAACAGAUCACAGUUGAGAAGCAAUACAAAGGGAUCAUUGACUGUGUCGUAAGGAUCCCCAAGGAACAAGGCAUCAUUUCCUUCUGGAGAGGCAACCUUGCCAAUGUCAUCCGUUACUUCCCCACUCAGGCCCUCAACUUUGCCUUCAAGGACAAGUACAAGCAGAUUUUCCUGGGGGGAGUGGACAGGCACAAGCAGUUUUGGCGUUACUUUGCUGGAAACCUGGCCUCUGGAGGUGCUGCAGGAGCCACUUCCCUCUGCUUUGUCUACCCGCUGGAUUUUGCCAGGACCAGGCUGGCAGCUGAUGUGGGCAAAGGGUUGAGCGAGAGAGAGUUCACUGGCCUGGGCAACUGCAUUGCCAAGAUUUUCAAAUCUGAUGGCUUGAGGGGCCUCUAUCAAGGAUUCAACGUGUCAGUCCAGGGCAUCAUUAUCUACAGAGCAGCCUAUUUUGGGGUCUAUGACACAGCCAAGGGUAUGAUGCCUGAUCCCAAGAAUGUGCAUAUCAUAGUGAGCUGGAUGAUCGCCCAGUCUGUCACUGCUGUAGCAGGGCUGGUUUCCUACCCCUUUGACACUGUCCGACGUAGGAUGAUGAUGCAGUCUGGCAGAAAGGGAGCUGACAUCAUGUACAAGGGCACAAUUGAUUGCUGGAAGAAGAUAGCUAAAGAUGAAGGACCCAGAGCUUUCUUCAAGGGUGCCUGGUCCAACGUGCUGAGAGGCAUGGGAGGUGCUUUCGUAUUAGUAUUGUAUGAUGAGAUCAAGAAAUUUGUCUAAAGUAAACAAAACCACUUGGUUCAAUUGUUCCAGAUCUAUUUUGUAAUAUAUUACUUGUGAUUUAAUGGGCAACAACAUAUUUCCUAGGGAAACUAAGAAUGGAGGUUACGAGGCAAAUCCACUUCAGAGAUAAGGAUGCAUAAGGUUAUUUAAUGGUUGUCCACUAGAUCACAAUUAUAUUUUGUAUGAAAAUUCCUCAUACAUUUGUUUCAACCUACAUGUGUAUAUGUAUACAUAUAUAUUAAAGUUAAUAUCCUGCCAAAUGCCCAAUAAAGUAUUGUUCCAAUGUUUAGAA